UGUAAUGACUAGUCCAGUUAGCUUUCGAGCUUUUCGCAGCUAAAUACAAUACUUUAUAUACAUAUACAGCUAAGGGACUAAGUCUAACGCAGUUUGCCAUAUGUAUUACAACCCAAUUACCCAAGAGAAGAAAAUCUGGAUUUAUCAGUUGAAAAAGCAUCAAGAAUGAGAAACUCUGUGAUUCUUGAUAUUACUGGGAAGAGGAUUACUGCACGGACGAUACUGGUGUUUAUGGCGGCAGCAGCUGUCGCCGGUUGCUUUAUUGUCUACAAUUUUGUGUAUCCUUCUGGAUUUCGUUAUGAUGGCUUGGCAUCACCCCUCCCCUCCUGCAGAACCACAACCCCUCCACUUCAGCAGGCGAAUACCACAACUCCUCCGCUUCAGCAGGCGAAUACCACAACCCCUUCGCUUCAGCAGGCGAAUACCACAACUCCUCCGCUUCAGCAGGCAAAUACCACAACCCCUUCGCUUCAGCAGGUGAAUACCACAACCCCUUCGCUUCAGCAGGCCAGUACAGGCAACCAACAAGAGGAUAUGGAUCCAUUGGAUAAAGUUCUGAAAAAUGCAUGCAUGAAGAACAAAACGGUUAUAAUAACUACGUUAAAUGAUGCAUGGGCAGAGCCCAAUUCAAUAUUUGAUCUCUUUCUUGAGAGCUUUAACAUCGGAAGCAACACGAAAUGGCUGCUCAAGCAUUUGCUAGUCAUCUGCGUGGACCAAAAAGCAUAUGCUCGUUGCUUAGCAUCACACCCUCAUUGUUACUUACUUUACACUCAAGGCACCAACUUUACCGGCGAGGUAUUUUAUCUGACUCCCAAUUACCUACGGAUGAUGUGGAGAAGAACCCAGAUUUUGUCUUCCAUUCUCGACAAAGGCUACAACUUUAUCUUUACGGAUACCGAUAUAAUGUGGCUUCGAGAUCCAUUUCCACAAUUCUAUCCGGAUGCAGAUUUUCAAAUUGCAACUGAUCAAUUCCUAGCUGAUUCUUAUAGUUUUGACAAUCCUCCCAACUGUGGAUUUGUCAAUGUAAAAUCCAAUGAUCGAACUAUUGGGUUUUACAAAUUUUGGUACCUCUCCAAAUACACAUAUCCAGAUACGAAUGAACAAGAAGUGCUUAAUAGGAUUAAAUUUGAUCCCUUCAUUGCCAAGAUUGGAUUGAAAGUGAGAUUCUUGGAUACAAAAUACUUUGGUGGCUUCUGUGAGCCAAGUAAGGAUUUUAACCAAGUUUGCACAAUGCAUGCCAAUUGUUGUGUUGGUCUUGAAAACAAAGUGAACGAUCUCAAAGCUUUGCUUCAAGUUUGGAAAAAUUACAUGUCAUCACCUCGUAACGCCACAGGCACAUCACAAGCUUUAUGGACCGUCCCACAAAAAUGCAGGUAGAAGAAAAGGUGGGUUAAAUUCAACGAUGGAAAUUGCUCCCUGCGGAUCAAAUAUAUGUCAUCUUGCUCAUGAUUAUUAUUACAGAACUUAUUUUGCAGCAGUUUUUCUUUUUGCAAUGUUUAUGUGAAGUGAAUUAGUGAAAAGAAUAUACCCUCCAUUUAUGAAUUGUGACAAUUUCAAAUGUACAAACCAGAAGAGAUAGAUAAAUGCCUACAUGUACGUACAAAUUCAAUUUUAUUUACUCACUUAUAUUGUCUGCUA